GGCGCUGGCCAAUGGCGACCGAGCCCCGCCGAGAGCAAUGUUAGAGAGCUGAAGACUGAAGACAUUGCGUAUCGCCUGUGUUCCCUCAUACACAGCCAUUGCAGAGCAUUGAGAUCCAGCUAUAGUCCCUCGAUACUGCCAUAAGGAUGGGGAAAGAUCCAACCAAGCCAAGGGGGAAGAUGUCCUCCUAUGCAUAUUUUGUGCAGACCUGUCGGGAGGAGCACAAGAAGAAGCACCCCGAUGCUUCCGUUAACUUUGCUGAGUUCUCCAAGAAGUGCUCCGAGCGAUGGAAGACAAUGUCUGCCAAGGAGAAGGGCAAAUUUGAGGACCUGGCCAGGCAGGACAAGGCACGCUAUGAGAGGGAGAUGAUGAGCUACGUUCCAGUCAGGGGAGGAAAGAAGAAGAAGUACAAGGACCCUAAUGCCCCCAAGAGACCCCCAUCUGCCUUCUUCAUCUUCUGCUCAGAGUUCCGCCCUAAGGUGAAAGGCGAGAGCCCUGGUUUAUCCAUUGGAGAUGUUGCCAAGAGGCUGGGUGAGAUGUGGAACAGCACCGCUGCAGAGGACAAGCAGCCCUAUGAGAAAAAGGCCGCUAAACUGAAGGAGAAGUAUGAGAAGGACAUCGCAGCAUAUCGCGCUAAGGGCAAAACAGGUGGCGGAGCACCAGGAAAAGCCCCGUCCAAGGCGGAGAAGAAGGAUGAAGAUGACGACGAUGAGGACGAAGAUGACGAGGAGGAGGAGGAUGACGAUGAUGACGAUGAUGACGAGUAGAUUGCGGGUGACAUAUAUAGUGGUCAUUUUCUUGUUUAUAAAGCAUUUAACCCCCUUGUACACACUUCACUUACUGAAAGAAAAUACAUUAGUAUCCAAGGGGUUAAAAAAACAACAAAAAAGGCUGUGUAUAUCAGUUGUUUUUAUGCUGUACAGUUUUUUUCUCCUUUUUGUAUAGUUAACACUACACAAGUAUCGUGUCUGUAUCUUUCUGUCUUAUUUUUCCAGUGGUAGUUCCUAGACCACUAUCCUGCCUGGUACAGUGUAAAGGGGUGGGCUUACAGUAUUUACCCUAGCUAGAGGUGCACAGCACAUAAAAAUCGUUCUGAGUUAGCUGAGUGUUUCUUUUCUUUUUCUUUUUUUUUUUUUCUUUUUCCUGUGUUUUUAUUUUUAAUGACGUUAUCAAAAUUAACGUAUCACAGUUGUUUUACUGAUCUUUAUGUACCACUGUAAUAGCAAAAAUAAGAAAAAAAACGCCUUGUUUAUUGUUGAAAUUUAAAUUGCUUCUGAUGUCAAUAAACUUUUUUUUUUUUAAUAAAUUGGUUUUGUACUGUGUGUAGGGAAAAUCGUAAAAGUAACUGCAUUUAUCCUGCAGGUUUUUCUUUUCCCAAGAUCAAAUGGCUCCAAGUGUUUCAGUAAGAGCAGAUUAAUUUGUCACUAACAUUAAUGCAGUUUUUGUUUUUAAAAAAAAAAAA